CAACACAUAUAACAUGGCGGCGAAAAAGACAUUCGCCGUCAUAUUUACAAUUAUUCUCAGCAUUUUCUCCACCACUGCCGUCCCCGUCCCCGUACCGGACAACACUCCACCAAUCCCGGUGGAGAGGGCCCAAGUGGACAGUUGGUUUCAGACCAAUGUGAAACCGCACAAGGAGCGGACGAACGGUUUGGACCCUCCCCUUGUGCAGGCUGAGAACAAUCCCAAAGUGAUGAAGGUGGGUAAAGAUGGCGAAUUCAAGACGGUGAUGGAUGCAAUUAAGAAAAUCCCAGAUGGAAAUACUCAACGGGUGAUCAUCUCAAUUGCGCCCGGAAUUUAUACCGAGAAAAUCAUCAUUGAUAAAAAGAAGCCAUUUGUCACCUUGUUAGCUAGUGAUCCAAAGAAUAUGCCAACUUUGGUUUUUGGCGAUACAGGAGCAGCCAAAGGAACUAUGAUGUGUGCUAGUGUGAUAGUUGAGUCUGAUUACUUCAGUGCUACCGGUGUAAUUUUUAAGAAUUCGGCACCAAGGCCGAAGCCCGGACAACAGGCACAGGCAGUCGCGCUCAGAAUCUCCGGGGACAAGGCCUCAUUCUAUAACUGCAGAUUCCUUGGAUUUCAAGACACACUUUGUGAUGACAAAGGCAAACAUUUCUUUCAGAACUGCUACAUUGAAGGAAUCGGCGAUUUCAUCUAUGGCACUGGAAAAUCUCUUUACGUGAACACAGAAAUACAUGUGAUAGAAUUCCCUCAGGCAUUUAUUACGGCACAAGGAAGACAGACCGCUAAUGAAGAUUCCGGCUUCUCAUUCGUUCAUUGCAAAAUUACUGGCACAGGCAGAAAUGCUGACUUAGGCAGAGCUUGGAAGCCUUUCGCCAAGGUGGCUUUUGCCUACACUGAAAUGAGCGAUGUGAUCAAGCCUGAAGGAUGGAAUAACAAAGAUGAAAAGACGGUUACUUUCGUAGAAUUCAAGAACACGGGUCCAGGGUCCAAUCCUGGAGGAAGAGCUAAAUUCUCGAAGCAGCUAAGUGAUGCAGACGUUAAACCCUAUAUCAGCCUUGGCUUUAUAGAGGGUUCCAAGUGGCUUCUUCCUCCACAUAAAGCUUAAAAUCUACUGCAAGAAUAGGAAGAUUGACACAGGUGGAAAAGAUGGAAGAAGGAAAACUAAUAACAAGAGAUCUCACUUUCUACCACUGCGAAAGUGAGAUCUCGUCUCAUUCAAAUCUUCGUAUUGUUUAACAAAAGCUUUUUUUUAUUUUUUUUUUUUGUUUCAAGACAUUGACUACAAAUUAAUAAAUGUUUGAAGCUGGAUCAAUGGUAUUUUGAUUUCACGAAUGACAAACCUAAAGAACUUGAGGCAUGGAUCUCGGCGUGAAUGUUGUAGCAUGUUACAGCAUUAUAUGUUUCAUUUU